AUGGGCGUUCGCGCCUUCCACCGCUCCCUCGCCCCCCGGCAGGCCGAGAAGCUGUUCGAUAAGGUGCUCGUGGCCAACCGCGGUGAGAUCGCUUGCCGCGUGAUGCGCACGUGCAAGCGUCUCGGCAUCAAGACCGUCGCUGUCUACUCCGAGCCCGACGCCCAGGCCACCCACGUCCGCAUGGCCGAUGAAGCCAUCUGCGUCGGACCCGCCGCCUCGGCCCAGAGCUACCUGCGCGUCGACCGCAUUCUCGAGGCUGUCAAGUCCACCGGCGCCCAGGCCGUCCACCCCGGCUACGGUUUCCUGUCGGAGAACGAGGUGUUCGCCAAGGCGCUGGAGGAGAACGGCGUGCAGUUCGUGGGUCCGCCCUCGUCCGCCAUCCGGGCCAUGGGCGACAAGAUCGAGUCCAAGAAGCUCGCCAAGGCCGCCCGCGUCAACACCAUCCCCGGUUUCCUGGGCGAGGUCAACAGCGACGAGGAGGUCCUCAAGAUCGCCGGCGAGAUUGGGUACCCGGUCAUGAUCAAGGCCAGCGCCGGCGGCGGUGGCAAGGGCAUGCGCAUUGCCUGGAACGACGAGGAGGCCCUGAGCGGUUUCCGCCUUUCCAAGGCCGAGGCCAAGGCCGCCUUUGGUGACGACCGGAUGCUGAUCGAGAAGUUCAUCGACAACCCGCGUCACAUCGAGAUCCAGAUCCUUGCCGACACCCACGGCAACGUCCUGUACCUGAACGAGCGCGAGUGCAGCAUCCAGCGCCGCAACCAGAAGGUCAUCGAGGAGGCGCCCUCGCCGCUGCUCGACCCCGCCACCCGCCGGGCCAUGGGCGAGCAGGCCGUCGCCCUCUCCCGCGCCGUCGGCUACGCCUCGGCCGGCACCGUCGAGUUCCUCUCCGACCAGCACAAGAACUUCUACUUCCUCGAAAUGAACACUCGCCUCCAGGUGGAGCAUCCGAUCACGGAGAAGAUCACGGGAGUGGACAUCGUAGAGGAGAUGCUGCGGGUGGCGGCGGGCCACAAGCUCAAGCUGCGGCAGGAGGAGGUGCCCCUCAACGGGUGGGCCAUGGAGUGCCGCGUCUACGCCGAGGACCCCUACCGCAACUUCCUCCCCUCCAUCGGUCGCCUCCGCACCUACAAGGAGCCCCACGCGGCCGACGGCUCCAUCCGAGUGGACGCCGGCGUGUACGAGGGUGGCGAGGUGUCGGUGUUCUACGACCCGCUCAUCUCCAAGCUGGUCACGUGGGGUCCCACCCGCGACGAGUGCAUCAAGUCCAUGUCCUACGCCCUCGACACCUACCAGAUCGAGGGAGUGAACCACAACGUGCCGUUCCUGCGUUCGGUGAUGGAGAACCAGCGGUUCCAGUCGGGCAAGCUGUCGACCAACUUCAUCCCCGAGGAGUACCCCGAGGGGUUCAAGGGCCACCCGGUGACGCCCGCCGACAUCGACGAGCUCAUCGCGUCGGCCGCCGCCAUCCACCUCUCCCGCUCGCGUCGCGACGCCACCAUCUCCCAGCAGCUCCACGCCCGCCCCUUCACCUCUGAGAACAUGGACCUGGUGGUGACGGUCGAGGGCAAGAACUACCCGAUCACGCUGGUGCAGGAGCCCACCGCGAGCCCGGCCGCCGGUGCGUCGACGCACCCGGCCAUCCCCAGCCUGGAGGAGACCGACGAGUGCGAGGUGGUCAUCAAGCAGGACGACGGCCAGGAGCGCCGGGUGAAGGUCAACUACCAGUGGCAGCUCGACUCCCCCAUCUUCUCCGCCAUCGUCGAUGGUAAGGACGUGACGAUGCAGCUGGCGCAGGCGCUGCCGGUGGGCUACAGGCUGGUGCACCUGGGCACCAAGUUCGACGUGCUCGUGCGCACGCCGCGCCAGGCCGAGCUGGCGGUGCUCAUGCCCAAGCCCGUCGUGCAGGACUUCUCGUCAACCGUGCGCUCGCCCAUGCCCGGCCUCGUCAUCUCGAUGAGGGUCAAGAAGGGCGAUAAGGUCACCGUCGGCCAGGAGGUGGCGGUGGUGGAGGCCAUGAAGAUGCAGAACGUGCUGCGUGCGGAGCGCGACGGCGAGAUCGAGGACGUGAUGGUGACGCCGGGCGCCAACGUGGGCGUCGACGAGGUCCUCAUCACCUUCAAGAAGGCCGAUGCCGCCAAGGAGGAGUCCAAGAAGCAGUAA